AGGCCCAGGAGACAUUCAGGAGAGCCUGCCCUAUUCUUGGAGAGCUCUGUGUCCGCAGGUCCUGACCAGGAGGAUGCUGCUGCUCUUGGGGUCACUGCUAUGCGGGGGGCUGUUGCCCCAGGCCCAAGGGAAGGCCCAGCACUUGGUCUUCAUUCGAAUCAGCAAGAAUCAGCUGGAAACAGACAUUUCAGACAUGUUCUUGAAACACCAUGUCCUGGAUCGCUUGGCCAAGAUCCCCGUGAUGGGAGCCACAAGUGAAGGCGCCACCAUCCUGGACCACCUGCCUUUCGUCAGAAAAGGCCUCUCCAAGAAGAGCAGUGGGCUGGACCUGUCGCUGGUCACAGACCUCCUCUUGGGGCAGAGCCUCCCACCACUAGGGAAGCUUCUCCAGGCAGGUGGGUUGGUCAUAGAAGAUGCCAAAGGACCCGAGGUCACCCUGCAAAUCCUGAGUGACAGCCUGCUGCAGGUCACAUUGCGAAACAAACUGUACCUCUCGCUCCAGAGGAUCCUGCGGUUCAAAGUCAUCAAGAACAUCCGCAUCGGGGUGCGGCUGGAGCAGAUAGGGAACAAGACCAACGUGGCCUUCGAGGAGUGCCACACCCCACCAGGGUUCCUAAACAUCGAGGUUCUGGAGCACAUGGGCCUCCUCCUGGUGAACGAAGCUCUGAAGUUGGCGACAGAUGUCCUAGACAAGGCAUUGCCCUUCCUCCUGCAGAAGAUAGUGUGCCCCCUGGCCACCACCCUGCUCAACUUGCUGCUGGAAGACCUGUUACACAUCACUCUGCCCCCAACCAUCUCGGACCCAGAAGACUUCCAGUACCACGUCACUACCACAGAGUUCACGGAGGAGGCCAUCCUGAUGAAGGUGCAGCUUGUGACCCCCUGUGGCUCAGGCAAGAGAGCUCCCAAGCCUGACUACCUGGACCCCAAUCCCCUCCCCACAUUAGCCCAGGACAGCAUGGCAGACCUGGCCUUUCCACUGGAAACCUACAAUGACAUCCUGUCCUGCCUCUACUCCAGCAAGGAGGUCCAUGUGAAUCUCUGGGACCCUACGGCUGCUGACCUCAUUCAGCUACUGUUGCCGAGAGAACUGGAGCUGGGGCCCAAGACUUCUCACCAGCCCAGAAGGAGUGUGGGACUGACCAUCAGCACCCCUAACCCUCCCACUGUCCACCUGGGUGGCCACACAGCUGCAGUCAUUCAGCAGGGCUCCCUGGUGCUUCUGGGUCCUGGCAACACCUCCUCUGUUUCAGUUUCCUGGAAACUCCUUUCAAAGGCUGUGUUUUCCUCGAAAAAUCGGGAAUUAAAACUCCAGUUCACUCCAAACAGCAUCGCAGUCACCCUGGGCCCUUACCCCCCUGGUCUUGCAAAGCAGGAAGAACGUCUGGAGGCCUCUGUCUUGGAGCUUCUUAGGAGAAGGUUUUUGCCCCAUCAUAACAACCUGCUCAGAGAACAAGGCCUCCUGCUACCCAACAUCAAGGGCAUUUCCUUCGACCAGGCACAAAUGGAGCCCUCCCAGAACCAUUUGCUGCUGACCGUCCCGAAGGAAUAGUCGGUUCUUACCGAGGGCCAGUCCUUCCCCUCGGCCACAAGUGCUCCAGACCCUUGAGAGUCCAAGAGUGGCUACAGUCACGAUGGAAAAUCCCAGGAGCAAUAAAGAUGAUUCUUGCUUGAGAA